AUGGUGCAGGCACUACAUCACGCUGGGCCUAGUGACAUACAUGUCAAACCCGAGCUCCCCGUGUGCAAGACGGUCGACGUUGGCAUUCCGGCCACUUACAUGUAUGUCCUUGUCAGCCCAACCAGAGUAUGCAUCUUGCUUCUCUCUUGCUCCAAGGUUUUGUUCCAUCUUGAAAGACGGACACUACGAGUCUGCGAGCACCGCGGCUGUAGCUUCGUCUCCCACUCCCCCACCCCUUGCCUAAUGAAACCCGAAGCAGCACCCGAGGACGGCGCUGCGGCGGCCGAAUCCGCACCCGCCGGCUUGCAGCCCUAUUCCUGCUUGUCCUGCCGCAGGCGGAGGAAGAAGUGCGACAGGACCGACCCGUGCGCCAACUGCCGCCGGGCCGGCACGGAAUGCGUCUUUGUGCCCAGGAGGCCCUCGACGAGACAGUAUUCCGGCGCGGGAGCACUAGAGCGCGUCCGGUAUCUCGAGGGCGUCGUCCAGCAGCUCAGAGCCAAGUUGGAGUCGCUGACGGGGUCACACGAGGGCGGCGACGGCGCCUCAAGCCGGGGACACACGGCAUCCCCGGCCCAGCCGCAUGCCGCACAUGAAGCCGACGGAGUGCCCGGAUUGCACGAGGAGGACGAGGACGAGGACGAGGAAGAAAUGACACAGCUGCAGACAGAGUUUGGCCAGCUUGCCGUCGGCGACGGGCGAAGCCGGUACAUUGUGAGCAACUUUUGGGCCAACCUGACGGAAAAGGUGGACGGCGCCGCCAGCAUCCUGGAGGACCUGGCCGAGGAGGAGGAGGCGCGGCGCGACCAGGGCGACGAGCAGCCGACGUCGAUACUGGGACUCGGCCCCAGCCUCGCGGACGCGGGCCCGCUGCACCCGGCGCCGGACGAGUUCGCCGUGUACUGGCGGCUGUACAAGGAGAACUGCUACCCCAUCAUCCGCGUGCUGCACAUGCCGACGGUGGAGCCCGUGGUGCUCCGGUACCAGGGCCGGCCGGGCGGCGACAUGCCGGCGGGCGUCGAGGCGCUGCUGUUCGCCGUCUACUUCGCCGCCGUGGCCAGCCUCCCGGACGAGGAGUGCCGGGCGGCGCUGGGCGGCGACAAGCGCGUGCUCGUGGGCCGCUCCGCCGCCGCCAUGAACCACUGCGGCGCCGAGACCCGCGGCCAGCCCCCCGUCUCCCCCGACUACCUCCGCGACCAGCUCCUCGCCUCCGCCCACGACCACCCCUUCGACCACCUCUUGUACGGCUCGCUGCAAAACGACGUCGACGUCGCCCCCGCCCACCAGAUGCCAGACUACCCGUCCGACAAGGGGCCCCUGUAG